AACGAAUACUUGAGACAAACCUCCAUUUACUUGUACAUGGAAGUAAGCACGCAAUGCUAGGCGAGUCAGACUGGGAGUACGCACCAGAUCUAGCGCAGAUCGAAUUUUUGCAGCUCCGCUAUUUCCAUUUUCGUAGUCAUAGGGGACUGGCAAUCUUGGGUCUGGCACACUGAGCCAGCCACUUCGAACUCAUACCGUUUUAUAUUGCCAAACUGCUCACCGUCGUACUCUUGUCUUGCGAGCAUCGUUAUCGUCCAGGAACACAAUGAAUCGAGCAGGUCAACCCCCACAGCGUCCGCCGAGUCUCGGGCCCAAUCCUGCACUCGGAGCUCCUUUUCGUAACCAAUAUCCAAACUACGGGAUGCCUCCUCGAAAUGCGCUACCAGGAUUUCACCAACUGGGGAAUCACCGGACGGCACAGACCAUUGCUCCUCAGCCAUCACCGAACUACCUGCAGCAGCAAAGAGCACAAAGUAACUUCCCCUUCGCAGGCUCUCUCCCGCCACAACAACAACAGUCGCAUGCACCGAUACAGCAUACCCCGCAAACCCCUCUACCACAUACACCGCUGCAGCCGACACAACCACAGAAUCAGCCAUCGUCAAAUGCAAACACGAAUCUUCCUCCACAUCUGGCACAAAACGCUCUUCCGAGUCUUGGAACGGCGCCUUCGGUGUCGUCUGCGAGUGAAGUGGGCUUGGACCCAAACGAUUUCCCGGCACUAGGGUCGACGCCGGCGAAUAGUCUAAGUACCCCUUCAACAACGAACGCGACGAGUUAUGCGUCUCAAGCUGGUACAGGUGUUGGGGCGACAGGGAGUGGCGCAUUGGGAGGAACUGGGGGAGGGACUCAGCAAAGAGACUUUACGCCAGACGAUUUUCCGGCGCUAGGAGGACAAUCGCAGAGUUCGCAAGGGGCGCAACAGCAGACGCAGACGACGGACGGACAUCCGCCGGGACUGAAUGGCUUUCAACAGAGUGACCAGCAGCAUCGGCAGAACUUGUUGGGCUCGUUAGGAUCGGGGCAGCCACAGCCAGGACUGCUGAAUUUGGGACAGGGCAGGAACGUGAACUUCCAGACUGACGUAGAGAAACGGAAUUACGCGCUAAAGCUAAACCAAAGCAAUCUUGCAGCGGCUGCAGCAGCGUGGAACUCACCCAACGCGAAUCCAAGUGCACAACCGACAGGUACGUUCCCUGCAGUAUCGAACGGCGCACACGCACCAUCGUCGCAAAUGCCAUCGUCACAACCUCAAGGGCAGACGCAGUUAGGCGCUCCACCUGGUGUACCACCACCAAGUUACUCGUCUCUGCCGCAACAGCAACAAACGCCUACACCGUACGUUGGGAAUGGAACUGUGGCGGCGGACACGGCACAGCAUCCCUCGCAAGGGUCUGCACAACCAUCGGCGGCGGUACCGACAACACCAGCGCAACAAGUGCUAAUGUCACCUGCGGACAAGUGGGGUCUUCUGGGCCUGCUGGCGAUCAUCAAGAGCACGGAUUUGGACACGAAUCUGCUUUCGGUGGGUACUGAUCUUGGGACUAUGGGACUUGAUAUGCAGACAUCUGGAAGCUUGUACUCCACGUUCAUUACGCCAUGGGCAGACUCGUCAGCCGCACAUACCGUCGAGCCCGACUUUCACCUACCCGCGUGUUACAGCGUUCAACCGCCUCCGCCGGGUCCAGGCAAAGCACAAGCGUUCAGUGACGAGACACUGUUCUUCAUGUUCUAUGCAUCGCCGAGGGACGCACUCCAGGAAGUAGCUGCUCAAGAACUGUAGAUAUAACCGGAAUUGGCGGUACCACAAGGACAUGAGACUGUGGAUUACGAAGGAGACAGGCACGUCGCCUUCGCAAAAAGUCUUGGGCGGGGAGCGGGGGAGUUACUCAUACUGGGAUCCAGAGAAUUGGGAAAAGAACCGCAAGGAGAUGACGGUGCUUUAUUCUGAUCUCGAGGAGAAGAGUCAUCCGGUGUUUGUGCAUAGCCAAACUUUGCAGUUGGCCAAUGCUGCCACGACGACCACACCUGGUGGUGCUGCGGCGAGUGCGCAACAGUCUCAGCCUCAGCAAAUGGUUGGUGCACGAGUGGGUGGGUUCUCGCAAAUGGGGAUCGCGGCGAUGUAAACUCGAAGCCGUUGUUGUUGUUGUUGUUGUGUCCUAGUAGGCGGGGCGGGGAGAACUGGACUUGACGCAUCAUUUUCCCCGUAUCGCCACUUUUGACUUUCGCAUAUAUUCGUAUUUUUUUUCUGUUCUUCAUGCUGCUGCUGCUGCGUUCCUUUCGUUUUUUUUUUCUCGUGUCUCAUUGUGUCUCACCUACCCCAUUAUUGCGGCGCCGGCCCCCUCAUUGAGCUAUCAUACGCUUGUAUCUCUACAGCACGCUGUUUAAAUCACAUUUUUUCUGUCUAGUGCCUAUGUGUGUUAAGCAAAAAUGAACUGGUAUGAGGCCAUUUCGUCAUUCAAAUGCUCAUUUGUUUUGUUGUCGAACAAGGAUUAUGGUGCUGAUAUGCUAUGUUUCUUGCACAACGCCACAUAGAACCGCUCCAAAUCAGC